AUUGGAUGUGGAGUCAAAUUACUCUUUAUUGGAGGAGUGGGGCGAAAAAUGGUAUAUUAUAUUCGAUUUCUGAAGACGCCUCGGUUCCAGCAGCAGAAAAAGUCCGUGGUCAUCUCAGCCUUGAUCUGCAUAACUACUGACCUGGGCGAUGAUUUCCUCGCCGAGGACGUGGACUUGACGGCGAGCUGGAUACAAUAUCCAUCGCACAAGAUUCGAUAUCAGACUGCCCUACAAUGGCAAGCUGGUACUCGCCAAAUACCUAUAUUACUGGGUCCCUUUUCACCUAAUGAUGUGGCCAGACAAACGGCGGUGCUGAAAAUUCAACUUGCCGAUGUUGAGAAAGAUGUCUUGGGGAAGCAUUCGACACCAUUGGUGAUAUCGGGGUGCAGCGCACCCUUCGGACCGCAAUGGGAACCAGCUGAGCAAUUGAUCCGACGAGAUUUGAACAUUGCAGAUAAUGUGCGGCCUUUGAGAAUCUGGGAAGAAACGGGCAACAGCAUUGCCCGGCACAUCUGGGAUGCGGCUCUCGCAGCCAUCAUAUUCCUCGAGCAAGUCAUUACCAGCGCCGAGAAGUCCAUGCCUCUCCUUGGCCAGCUCCUGAACUCCGGCAAGUCGACCCUGCAAGUCGUCGAGCUCGGUGCUGGUUGUGGCAUUGUGGGUAUCGCUUUAGCGACCAUGCUCGCCAACUGCGAAGUCCUUCUCACUGAUUUGCCCGAAGUCUCCGAGAUAGUGACUCGUAAUAUCAACGAAGCCUCGCCGAGAUCAUCGGCAUCGAUCAAGUUUCAGACACUCGACUGGGAUGACCCGACACCAAACCUCACUCGCGGGCCUAUUGACUUGAUCCUCGUGUCGGACUGUACAUACAAUGCAGAUAGCCUGCCAGCGCUGGUAUCCGUCCUCAAUCGCUUGGUUCGGGGUUCCCCGGAGGCCAUGGUGCUGGUGGCCCUAAAGCGGCGGCACGAGAGCGAGGCUAUUUUCUUCGAUCUCAUGCGGGCUGCGGGAUUUGUCUCCUUGCAGGUGAAAGUGCCAUUACCGGCACAGUGGGAGCAGGUCGAUCAGAUUGAGAUGCAUUGCUACCAGCAGGAACCCGGGUUGGAGAGAGCUUAGGUGUAUCAGAGUACCUUUCCAUGUCGGAUCUCAUGUUUCGAGAAGUAUACCAAGAUUUGGCAAGAUGGAAAUACCAAUACCGGUGCUUGGUGGUCCGUGCUACCUUGCGUCAUCGGGGGAGCCGGUUCUCUGGCCGCUGCCUAUUUUCCCCGCUUCUGCGCAGCUGUUCCCAGCUACAUACACUGUCCGCGGUAUUACAUACCGUACGGACUUUGUAACCGUGACUAUGUACAGGAGCCCUAAAUUGCUGCAAAAUAUACCGGAUUUUGUCCGGCAACGCUUGGCUUGCUUUCUCCUUCCGUUCUAGUGCUCACCCUGUCGCCGCUUUUGCUCACUGAGUAGAAUUCAACACGCCCCUGUUCAAACCGAGCUACUCAGGGAUCAUUACAAAAUCCCACCGGUUUACUUAAUUAACUAACGUUAACUUAACCAUAUUUUCUCCUUGCUAGGUGUCAAUCUCGGCUGCUGAUUCUCAACCUACCCUCUCCACGCAAUCAGCAUGGCCAUAAACAUGACGGUCGAGCAAGUUCUCGAUAUCGAGGACGUUCUGGUUUCCACAACAAUCCAG